GGCGCGCUGGAGCAGCUUUACCGCAGGCGGAAGUGCUCUCGGCGGAAGUGCCCGCCUUGCUAAGCUUGGGUAGGAUGGCUGCAGGUCGGUUCCUCCUGCGUCGACUCCGAGCGUCUUUCCGUUCCCGGCUUCGGAACGCGCUCGUGGACGCGCCACACGCCAGGGGCAUGCAUGACGGGCGCAGCCCCCGAAGGCUCUGCAUUGAAGGCAACAUCGCUGUGGGCAAGUCCACCUUUGUGAAGUUACUCAUGAAAACUCACCCAGAGUGGCAGGUGGCUACAGAACCUAUAGCAACAUGGCAGAAUAUCCAAGCUGCUGACACCCAAAAAGACGGCACUUGUAAAAGCCUUGGAAACCUGCUAGAAAUGAUGUACCAGGAGCCAGCACGGUGGUCCUACACAUUCCAGACCCUUUCCUUCAUGAGCCGUCUCAAAGUACAACUGGAGCCCAUGCCAGGGAGACUCGUGCAGACAGAGAAGUGUGUGCGGGUCUUUGAGAGGUCCGUGUACAGUGACAGGUAUAUCUUUGCAAAGAAUUUAUUUGAAAAUGGCUCCCUCAGUGACGUCGAGUGGCACAUCUAUCAGGAUUGGCACUCCUUUCUCCUGCAGGAGUUUGCAAACCGGCUUUUGGUACACGGCUUCAUCUAUCUCCAGGCUUCUCCCCAGGUUUGUAUGGAGAGACUGUACCAGAGGAGCAGAGAAGAAGAGAAAGGCAUUGAGCUGGCCUAUCUUAAACAGCUACAUGGGCAGCACGAAGACUGGUUUAUUAACAAGAGCACCAAGCUCCACUUUGAAGCUCUGCAGCAUGUGCCAGUGCUGGUGCUGAACGUCAGUGAAGAUUUCUCUGAAAAUGUCGCCAAACAAGAAGAGCUUAUGGGACAGGUGAGCAGAGCCUCGGCUUUUCCCGGUUUCCAGUGCAGAGCUCUCAUCUUCCCGGCCUCUAUGUCAGGUCUUGUUGCUUUGUGCUUCAAAUUGCAUUUCAUACUCCAAAACCCUGAGAUCGUAGGCAAAUCACAAAUAAAAUCCCCAAGUCUAAAGUGUACUGGAUCAGGAAGUAUCUGUCAGUUAGCUGACUCUCAGCAUGUGCAGGCCAGCGGACUUCCUCCUGUAAGGUGUUCUAAAGUGGGGGACAGGAGACAACAUGGGUUUUUUUCCCAGCUGCCACCCCCUGCUGUCUGACCCUGGGCAGCUCAUGUUUCCUCGACUCAUAAAUGCUCAUGGGACUGCAGUCACAUACACAGACUGCAAUGUACAUUAGAUUUCUUUUU